AUGGGGCCUCCUCCGUCGACCCUGCCUGCGCGAACGCAGCUGCGGAUUCAGCGCCAGGAUGAGUGUGCGAUGCACUGUGCGUCCUCCUUUCCCGACCUGACCUGGACGAAGAAGAAGUCGCCGAAACCCCUCCAGGACGCGCACAGGAGAUUUCCGGGGCCCAAGCACCUCCAGGACUAUGCCGGCCACGUGCCGCGGAAGUUCGACCCUUUCUGUGGGAACCACGUCCUCGAGAAGUCUGCCUCGCUGCCAGCCCUUGCGUCCAAGACGACUCAGAAGUCCUCAACCGCAAGUGGAAUGUGGUACGGGCAUGUUGGCAGCUUUCCCAGCCCGGUCGACAACUGGGUUCCUGCUCAUUUUGUGGAAGGGGUGCACUACUAG